CGUCACGACGAUCAGCUGUUGGAGAACAACAACAAAAGAAGGAGCAGCGGAGAGGAAACGAACACGAGCGCGCGACACUUUUAUAACACAUACAUUCACGUAUGUGUGAACACAUGAAUCUGUCAGUUAUUUCUUCUGAGAAGAAACGCGGAGUUUUGGGAGUUUGGGUGUUUUUAUCUACCUCAGAGUGACGAUCACAGCUUUCGUCCACUGUUCCCUCAGAUGACCUGGAAACAAACUCCGUUCAUGCACUUUACCGUUGUGUUUCCGGAGCCUUCCCCCCGCCGCCAAUCCCACAGCUGAUGACCAAAGUGCUGGCCACGCCCCUCUGCCAUCGCAGCCCGCCGCCCCUCCUCAGCGCUGCCGCCCCCUGCUGGACGUCCAGCGGGAAUGUUCCAGAGGUUCGCCAGUGUUCUGUUCGGGGACGAGGGGGAGGAGCUGAGCCGGAGCCGCAGAGGCGCCAAGGACGAGGAGGACGAAGACGAAGACUGGAUCCUGGUCAACUACCUGACUGAAGCCUGUUCUGCUCAGUGUGAUGGACUGUCUGGAUCCACUGCUCCUCAUCCAGACCUGGUCCAGGACGAGGAGGACGAGGUGGAGGAGGAAGACCUGGUGAUGAUUCCGUCUCCAGUGUCCAGCCCUCGCAUCCACUAUGCCUCCUGCACCUCCCUCAACUCCACGGCUGACACCGACCUGGACGGCGGCACUGAGGAGCACGAAGAGGGCAACGACGAUGAUGAUGAUGAGGAGGAGGAGAGCGGGUUCCUGCGCCUGGACGCCUGCUCUCUGGAGGAGAGCUGGUUUGUCACGCCACCACCCUGCUUCACCGGCCGUGGCAGCCAGCCCAUCGUCCUGGAGACCAGCCCGCUGGAGAACCUGCUGAUCGAGCACCCCAGCAUGUCUGUCUAUGCCCGCCACCGUAGCCCCCCCCGACUCACCCUCGACCCACUGCCACGCCUCCUCGACCAGGGGCGGGACUUUCUGUCUGCCACUGCCCCGAUGGCCUCAGGAGGGAAGGAGAAGGCGAGACGUACGCUGGACGGCCCCCGACACAGGCCGGAGGCAACCAUGGCCCAGCGUCGCUCCAGCCUCCACUCCUUCUGCUACGCCGCGGCGUUCUCCGCCCGCGCCGGCCUCCUGCAGCAGCAUCAUCGCCAGGGAAGCUCCGCCCAGCCACUGUCCCGCAACGCCCUGCGACGCCUCAACCUGCUGCGCCCCCCGAAGGCCAGCACGGUGCAACUGCACCAGCCCAGCCAGAGACACCUCAACUUCUGAGGCCACGUCAGCCUUCAUCAUCAUCAACACCAGCACCUCCUUCAUCAGCCUUCACUCACUCACUCAUCGCAGACGUCCUGAAACCUGAUUGGACGGUGAAAAAGGGAAAAUGGCUGAUCUCUCUUUCUAUUGGCUCACAUGGUCAGUUGGUUUGGUGACUCCUUCUCUUCCUCUCCUCCUUUUCUUUAUACCUUCUUUAUGACAAUGAUGAGAAGAAGUGGGCAUGGUGAAAAGAAACAGUCAUCAUGUGGCCCCACCUCUUUCCCCUCCCUCUCUUAGUCUUUAUGUCCAAUCAGAGGAAGGUGGAGUUGUCAUGUGACGUCUGUCUUCUUCGAUGCUGCAGGUCACUUUACUCGGCGGCAGAUUUUUGUACGGCGGCGUUUUGUGUUUCUGUGAAGAGCGAUGUGGCGCAAUGUCGUCGUUCAAAUCAGUGUGAGGAUGUUGAGGAAUGUUGCUCAAGAACACGACGUGGGUCAAAGGUCAGAUGAAGCUCCAAACAAACCAUUUUAAAAAAUCACCAGCAGGGGGCGCCAUCUUCACCUGCUGAUGUUGUAGGUUUGAUUCGUUGAUGUAAACGAUGACGGAAAAACAAGCUUUGACGGUUGGUGUUAGCAGCUACUGUAGCCAGGCUACGUUAGCAGCCUCUAUAGCCAAACGACGUAGCAUUGAUGGUUGAUGUUAGUAGCUACUGUAGCCAGACUACGUAGCAUUGACGGUUGAUGUUAGCAGCUACUGUAGCCAGACUACCUAGCACUGACUGUUGGCGUUAGCAGCUACUGUAGCCAGACUACGUUAGCCGCCUCUAUAGCCAAACUACGUAGCAUUGACGGUUGAUGUUAGCAGCUACUGUAGCCAGACUAAGUUAGCAUCAGCUCCACAUCGUAAACUGAUUGUUUCUAUAGAUAAAUAAAUACAUUUGCUAACAAUAAUCCACGUCGUGUUUUUCCGCAGCUGUUGUUUGUUAUUUUUAAAAAUCACUGAUUCACUUCCUGCCGUAAAGCGUUGCGCCGCCGCUGUAAAAACCUGCCUCUGAUGACGCAAUUCAGUUCUUUUUUGAUAAAAGAAAAAAACCGACUGAGUUAAAUUUCACUAAAGCCUUUUUUUAUCGUAGCUUUGAGAAAACAAAUGUCAAUGAAAAUGUAUUGUAAAAAAAAAAAUUCCAAAAUAUUUUUAGAAAAGAAAAAAAUAAUUUACAUAUCAGUAUGAAGUGGGUGUGGUUUGCUUUGUUCGCGCGUCGCAUGGUUGUAACGUUGUUUGUGGGAAAAACGUCACACAUAAAAAAAGACGAUUGUUCUUGUUUUUGUUGAUUUUUGGUUCUUUAAAGAAUCUGCAGUCCACGUCUCAGGGUCACGACAACCAAUCACCUUCACUCGUCUCACUCAACGCAGAUUUACUUGACGGCUGAUGAUUCUUUUCCCACUUUUUUUCUCUGAUCCUGGUCCCGGGACUGUGAACCUGAACUCAGCUGACUGAAAUCAUCCACAAGCAGAGAAAACUCUUUGUGUUUUAUCUUCUUUGUUAACAUAGUUACAUUUUCUUAAUCUCUUCAAAUAUUUAAACCAAAAAAAAAAGUGACAGCAGUGGAGACGAGUCGCCGCACUGCGCGGGGAAAGAAUCGUAAUUGUUUACAUGUCCACACGAAACGUCCACGCAGCACCUCCACAUGAAACAUCCACACGAAACGUCCACACGAAACGUCCACACGAAACGUCCACACUAAAGUCAGAUGUUUGAAAAUGUUCUUGACAUAAUCAUACAUUUAAAGAACGGAACAUAAGAAAAGCGUCUCAGUGAAGCCGGAGACGUGGAACUGUGCGGCGCUGAAGCUUCAGUCGUGACAUUAAUAAUAAAAGCACUCACGCGUGUUUGUAAAUAAUCGAUAUCGCGAUCGUGGCGUGUUUUUUUUGUUUCUCUCUCUCUCUACAAUCAUAGACGAUGUUAUUUUAUGUCGUGUCUCCUCUUAUCUUAACUUUUCUCGUCUCUCAUCAAACUAACAGGGAUUUUUAUUGAAGGUUUGUUUGUGGGUUUUUGAAAAGCCUUGAACUGUGUGGAUCAUGUGCCUUCCAGGUUAAAAUGUUAAAAUGUUGAAAUGCAUCAAUGAAGAACUUGAACUCUCUCUACUUUGUUUUUGAAAUCAAUAAAAACACGCAAACAAACUAUGUCAGAAACCAACUAUGCACCACUCGGCGGUGGAGACACGUCGUCGCCGCCCACUCAGCCAGACGCAGCUUUUCUAACAAUGACUCGACAAAACCAGACAGAAUGAUGUAGCAAAACCUAUUCUCUCCUUUUUUGUUAUUAUUAUUAUUAUUAUUAUAAUCAUCAUUAUUAUUAUUAUUAUUUAAAUUUUAAAGUGUGAAGAAUAUUUUGUGGCAUUUUUUUUCACUUUUCACUGAGUGUUAGAUGUUUUUUUGUUGGUGUUAGUUUACUGGAAAAUACAGCACUUUGCCAAAAAUAAAAAAUAAAAAACAGGUGUAGGAACUAUAAUGUUUUAUUUAUCGACAUAAAUGCUCUACUUUGUAUUUGGUAUGAAUGAUCAACUCUCUGAAAACAAACAGCUCAUUAAACAGUUCAUACAUGUGAUCAGAUAAUAAAUGUUUUCAUACACAG